AUGUAUUGUACUCGUGUUGUUAUUGAAAACUGCAAGCAUUGCAACGCGAAGAAGUUCGAGCAUGAGACAAAUGGGUUCUGCUGCCGUAAUGGAAAGAUUAAACUAUGUACCCCAGAAACACCACCCGAGCUCAUGAGGCUCUGGUCGAGUUCAGACGCUGAUGCUAGGCACUUCCGUGAAAGCAUUAGGUUUUUCAAUGGUCAUUUCUCAUUCACUUCACUAUACUGUAACCUUGACGGUGAGACCACUGACAUGAGAAAAAGUGGUAUUUACACGUUUCGUGCCCACGGCCAAAUGUACCACAACAUACGGUCGUUUGGUAUAGACGAGACCGAACCCAAGCACUUGGAGCUUUACUUCUACGAUGAUGAUCCCAGUCUAGAGCAUCGGUAUCGCCGUUGCCGCGAAGAGCAGUACCAGCAAGACAAGGAACUUAUCAAAAAGCUGGUUGACAUACUUCGUGACAACCCGUACUCUGAACAACUCAGGAGUAUGGGACAGGUUGAGGACCUUGAUGACUACCGUGUGACACUGAACCUUGAUCAUAGGUUGGACCAGAGAACAUAUAACAUGCCAGCCACUUCGGAGGUGGCCGCUGUUUGGGUUGAGGGGAGCGAACGCCGAAGAGGCGAACUCGGCUGGCAUCCCGAUAUCCCAAAGGUCGGUGUGUCCAUUAAUGCAGUGACCGCGGCUCGUGCGGCUCGUAUGGCUCGUGGUAAUAAUCAUGAGGACCCAGAUUCUAAUGGUAGGCUAUGCGUGUCCGUGCGGGAUUACUACUGCUACAAAUUCCAGAUACGGCCAGGGAUAUUCAACCCAAUACUGUUUGGCAAGCGACUUUUUCAGCAGUUCGCGGUCGACACAUACAUCAAGAUCGAAAGCUCACGGCUGGACUACAUAUGGGCUCAUCAGAAGGAGUUAAGGGCGGACCUAUACCAAGGCUUGGUGGACAGCGUGCAUGCCGGGGAGGGUAGAGCGGACGCGGUUGGAAAACGGACCGUGCUGGCUACAUCAUUUAUCGGUGGACCUCGGGAUAAGAGGCGUCGAUACAUGGAUGCUAUGGCUUUAGUGCGAAAGUAUGGGAAGCCGGAUGUCUUCCUCACAAUGACAUGCAAUCCAAACUGGGAUGAGAUCACACGCGAGCUCUACCCUAGCCAAAUACCCCAGGAUCGUCCGGAUCUCGUCGUGCGUGUUUUCAGGGCGAAGCUAGAGGAACUAAAAAAGCAGUUGCUUGAUAAGCACAUGCUUGGCAAGGUGAAGGCCUACGUCUAUGUGGUUGAGUUCCAAAAGAGGGGUCUACCGCAUGCCCACUUCCUGCUCAUCAUGAAGGGGCGGUACAAGCUCACAUGUCCAGAGCAGUAUGAUUGUAUCAUCUCUGCCGAGCUCCCGGACAAGCGUAACUACCCAGAGCUAUACAAGAUGGUUGUCAAGCAUAUGAUGCAUGGCCCUUGCGGUGUGCUGAACCGUGAUUGCCCGUGCACGAAGGACCGUCCGUCAUGCAAGAAUCAUUACCCGCGGUCUUUCAACGCGACUACCUUACAAGGAAAGGACUCCUACCCGAUGUAUAGGAGACGUGAUGAUGGCCGGCAUGCAAUGGUUCGAAAACACGAGCUAGACAAUAGGUGGGUUGUCCCAUACAACCCUUACCUCCUACGGCUGUUCAACUGUCACAUCAAUGUUGAGGUAUGCUCGAGCAUAAAGGCCGUUAAAUACCUAUUCAAGUACAUAUACAAGGGCCAUGACCGGGCGUCUGUGUCUGUGAACGAGGCUGACAGGAACGGCAACAUCGAUGAGAUCAGGCAGUAUAGGGACGCGAGAUGGGUGACCCCCCCGGAAGCCUUGUGGAGGAUAUACGGCUUUGACCUGAGCAAGAACUCACCACCUGUGAUGCAACUACAACUUCAUCUCCCGAAUAUGCACAUGGUUUCGUUUCAAGAGGGCCAAGAUAUCCAAGAAGUGCUCAAUCGAGAAGAUGCGGAGAAGUCAAUGCUAACAGAGUAUUUCGAGGCGAACAGAGUACAUGAGCAUGCUCGGGGUAUCUUGUAUCGGGAUUUUCCCGAGUGGUAUACUUGGCAGAAAGGUAAAAAUAAAAAUUUUUGGCAACGAAGGAGACGAGAAGGUGGACAGGUUGGUAGAAUCGUGUCAGCUCAUCCAGCCGAGGGGGAACGCUACUACCUACGGGUUCUCCUAAACCACGUGACUGGUGCCACCUCCUUUGCUAACCUAAGGAUGGUUGACGGUGAGAUCCUACCUACCUUUCGUGAAGCCGCAGAGAGAAGGGGCCUGAUUGAGGCAGACAACACAUUGGACGAGUGUCUUACGGAAGCCGAGUUGUUCCACAUGCCACCAUCUCUCCGAAGGCUCUUUGCAACAAUAUUGGUAUUCUGUGAGCCAUGCGAUGUGCGUGGACUCUGGAACAAGCACCGGGAGGCAAUGUCGGAAGACUAUCGUCGCAUCAAUCCAUGCACACUCGCUGUCCAACAAAUGGUUUUAAUAGAUAUUAGAAACAUGCUACAAUCAAUGGGUAAAGAUAUACGGUCGUUCCCUCUCUCUGAGAUUGACGAGGCACAUGACACGGCAAACGGUGUGCCCAGGGAGAUCUUUGAGGAGUCCACGAUCGAGAUUGACCAUGAGCACGCAACUUUGUCGGAUUCCCUCAACGCCGAGCAGAGGGCCGUCUACGAUGAGAUUCUAUCUGCUAUUGACAGUGACGAGGGCGGCGUGUUUUUCGUGGAUGGACCAGGAGGGACAGGGAAGACUUUUUUGUACAAGGCAUUGCUUGCAACGAUACGCGGGCAGGAGAAGAUUGCCGUGGCAACAGCUACGUCCGGUGUUGCAGCUUCCAUAAUGCAUGGAGGAAGAACCGCGCACUCACGCUUCAAGAUACCACUUAAUGUUGACGAUGGUGCGUUCUGUAGCUUCACAAAACAGAGUGGGAUUGCCAAGCUUCUGCGGGCGACUUCACUCAUUAUUUGGGACGAAGCCUCCAUGACUAAGAGACAUGCGGUGGAGGCGCUGGACAACAGCAUGCGUGACAUAAUGAGCCGACCAGAAGUGCCGUUCGGUGGGAAGACGGUUGUGUUUGGUGGAGAUUUCAGGCAGGGCACAUAG